UGCUUCCCGCCAUUUCAACUUCCUCCAGUAGCAGCAUCAGCAGCAGCAGCAGUGUGAGGCGAUCUUCGGAGCAGCGAUGAAGUGGCACUAUAAAGAGGAGCACCCGUUCGAGAAGAGGCGGUCUGAGGGGGAGAAGAUACGCAAGAAGUACCCGGACCGCGUCCCGGUGAUCGUGGAGAAGGCCCCGAAGGCCCGGAUAGGCGACCUUGACAAGAAGAAGUACCUGGUGCCCUCCGACCUCACCGUGGGCCAGUUCUACUUCCUGAUCCGCAAGAGGAUCCAUCUCCGUGCGGAGGACGCCCUGUUCUUCUUCGUGAACAACGUCAUCCCGCCCACCAGCGCCACCAUGGGGCAGCUGUACCAGGCACGGUGCACGCACGCCCAGAGACUCACUCGGACAGACGCAGACUCACACAGACACAGACUCACUCGCACAGACACAGACUCACUCACACAGAGACUCACAGACUCACCUCAUAGAGACCCAUAGACUCACCACACAGAGACCCAUAGACUCACCACUCACACAGAGACCCAUAGACUCACCACUCACACAGAGACCCACAGACUCACCACACAGAGACCCAUAGACUCACCACUCACACAGAGACCCACAGACUCACCACAUAGUAACCCACAGACUCACCACACAGAGACCCACAGACUCGCCACACAGAGACCCACAGACUCACCACACAGAGACCCACAGACUCACCACACAGAGACCCACAGACUCACCACACAGAGACCCACAGACUCACCACACAGAGACCCACAGACU